CGAAAGCGUUGCGAAGCUGGGCAGUCGGGGCAGUGAUCGGGGUCGGGCUACGCACGGUCGGUCGUGAUCGGGGCAGUGGGACUUGAACGUCGCGUUGCUAUCGCUGCUGCGUAAGAAAUCAGCGUCUGCGUUACCGCCUCCGCAUGAAGCGUCAGCGAUACUGCGCGCACCGGUGUGUGUAAACUGAAACGUGCUGCCAAGCUGCAAGGGGCCGCUUUGAAUAUCCGGCUGGGUGUGUUGGCGAGACGGCGAUAACAACAAAAUCCCGCUCUGCUAGUAGACAACCGCAAGCAGGAUGUCCCACCAAACCGGAAUACAAGCAAACGCCGAAUUGAGGCAGUUUUUUGGCAAGUGCCGCGGUGGCAGCGUCCGCGUCUUCAAAGUCUCAAUCGUUGACGAGGAAUUAACGCUGCUUGAUCAGAAGCCGCCGAAGGACAACUGGGAGAAAGACUAUGACACCCUCGUGCUGCCCCUGCUUGAACGGGGUCAGCCGUGCUACCUGUUCUACCGCCUGGACUCCACCUGUCCGAAUGGAUACGACUGGCUCUUCAUUAGCUGGUCACCCGAGGACUCGCCCGUGCGUCAAAAGAUGUUGUACGCAUCAACCAAAGCGACCUUGAAGAAGGAGUUUGGCGGGGGCAACAUCACGCACGAACUGUUUGGCACGUCACGCGACGAGAUGCGCCUGCAGGGUGUGCGACGAGUGCUGGCGUCGGAGCACGAGAUGUCGCCUGCUCCGUUGACACAGGCUGAGCAAGAGUUGCGUCACAUUCGCCUCGGCGAGGCUACAGAAACUGCUGGUGUGGACUCUCGGCACCAGACUCUUCGCGGCCUGCAGUUCCCCAUUUCGGACGACGCAGUGGCAGCACUCUUCGACCUCAAGGGUGGCGCUGUCUCCUACGUUCAGUUGAACAUAGACCCAGCCAAGGAAGAAAUCAACCUGGAGGUGCGCGACAAUGUCACGGUCGACAGGUUGGCACAGCGUGUUCCUCGUGACCAUCCCCGCUACCACCUGUUCCUCUUCCCCCACAAGCAUCAGGGCGAGAAAUUCAAGAGCAUUGUGUUCAUCUACUCCAUCGCCGGCAGCGAGUGCCCCGUCAAGGAACGCAUGCUCUACUCCAGCUGCAAGCUCCCCCUGGUGGACACCAUCGAGACGCAGGUUGGCGUGCCCAUCACCAAGAAGGUGGAAAUCGAUGACCCGAGUGAGCUGAAUGAGGCCUUCCUGAUCGACCAGCUGCACCCAAAGCAGAACAUCUGCAAGCAAAAAUUUGCCAAGCCCAAGGGACCGGCCAACCGUGGUGCUCGACGCCUCAUCCGGACUACUGAUCCCGAAAAUUGACGCCCAUGGAGCAGCCCGUUUUUAGGCCCCUGUUUUCCGUCUGCCUGGCAUUGUGACCAGGUGGUGUGGCCUCGGUGCGGCGGUGUUGUGAGAAGGACAGGCAGUGCAGCUGCUGAACGUCAUCCCUGGUGCAAGAGCAUAGGCACGCGCAUUCUGCUCUGGCUGGCGCACGAGCGUGCAGUUUGUGUCUUCCUUGGUGAAUGCGAAUGCAGCACUGCUGCUGUCACACUAUGCAAUGUUUGCCCCUUGAUGAAGGUGGUUAGCUUAACCAGCCAUCUCACGACAGUGCCUGGCUUAGUACAGUGAAAUCUGGUGUUUAGCUGAUCAAGCAUAUUCGGUAAAGAGGAAUGAGUGGACACAGCCUUACAGCCUUUUUGAGUUUAUCUUGGUUAUCUGCCUCAAUUGAGUGAGGCUGCUGAAGAAGCGAGCCAGUCACUGAAGUCAUUUCCCUCAUAUUUCUUGGUGGAUUGUGUGGUCAGGCAGUAUUCAGGCAGUUUGAAAGGGUUUGGUGUCUGUUGUCCUCUCUCAAGGCAAUCUUCCUCAUAGCACUUAAUACUUAAAAGAUGUGCUGCUACAUCUACCGUUGCAGUUGAGACAGCCGUAAGCUGGUGCUAAAAAGGUGAAGUUCCCAAUACACCUCUGUACAAUGGCAAAGAUACCUGAGAAAUUGAAUUGGGAGAAUGGCUUUUGUCGCUGGUAAGUUCAUGGAGUGUUGCACGUGACAUGCAUGCUUGCACUUGCAAGGCAUACCAGAAGUGUUUUAUUUAUUUUGGAAAAGAAACAGUAAUGAUUCUGUAAUUACAACAUCGUAAUUCCUCUAUGAUUUCUAUGGUUUCAGUGAUCGUUGGCCACAUUUUUAUAUGUGUGUCAUGUGGUCCUUGUUUGCUCUGGUUUUUAAUCAGACCUGUGAAAAUAGGCAUACUUGAAUUUUUUAGAGAUCUUUAUUUUCAUUUUCUUAUCGCACUAGAGCUUGACAUGCAUACAGGUUAAUUACAUUUCUUGCUGAUUAAGAUGCAGAAAACGUGUGAUUGCUGAUGCUUGUGUUUGCACGAGAGUGUUGGCCCCCUGGCAGGGUAGUUUUUGAUGCGGUCUGGCAAACACUAGAGUGUGAAGGUGUGGUGUCUGAUUUCUCUGCAAGAUUUCUAACUCUUACACUGAGAUAUUGUGGCACACUUUGUGUCUUGCAUAUGUGCGUGCAUCAUCAGUGCACGCAAUAGUAUCUGCUGAGCACUUUUGCAUGCCUUGGCCUGUCUUGCGAGAGCAAGAGUUGAGGUAGGGACAGUCGCCUGGCAAAAGAUGCUGCACUUGAUUAAACCAAAAUGUGUUUUCUUGCAUCAUAGGUUUGCUGCUCUUAAGAUGCCUUUGUCAUCAGCUAUUGUAGCAUAUUCUAUAAAGAAAAUGGAAAUGAAAAAAAAAAACACUACUACAGCGUUGUUCACUUGUACCUUUGGUGUCUGCCUCAAUUGAAUGAAGCUACUGAAAAAGCGA